AUGGAAGAUUUUCGAGGUAUAGGAGAGGAAUCGUUUCCAAGCUUUUUAACCAAUUCCUUACUUGGUAACAGUGGCAUUUUGGAAAAUGUCACUCUUUCUUCAAAUCUUGGCUUGCCUGUUGCUGUUUCCACACUUGCUAGAAAUAGAGCCAGUGCUGAUAACAGGUAUUCCGAUAUCCAGGCAUCUUACUUACUAGAAGGGAAAUUUUCAGUUCCAUCUGAAUCAUCUCACAGUGGCCAGAGUGAUGCUGAACCAAAACAGAGGUUACAGCUUAGCUUCCAUGAAGAUGAGCAAAGGAAUCAUACGGAAGCUCAACAUUUGUCAGAUGCUCUCAUAAGAGAGUCAGCUCUGCAAAGUGAGAUAACAAGAACAGAAGAGGAGCAAUCUCAAACUGCAAAAUUCUUAAAAGGCCAAGAUAUUUUUGAUGGGAUUUCACUCCAAGAACAAGUGCAAGACUCAGCUGUUGAUUUUUGUUUGCAAUCAUCACGGACGAAUAAUAAGGAGCAUGAGAUCCUUGUACCUGAUGCUGGAACACGUUUUGAAGAAAAGACUCCAAACAGUGACUUGAGCCGUACUAUCUUAUUAGAAAAUGAGAAACUUAUAUCCUUGAUAAGCUUUGAAGAUUCUUCUGAUGAUGAUAUUGAUGAUGAAGAGUUUUGUGAUGACCAUUUGGAGGCCUAUUUUGAACAACUGACAAUUCCAGGAGUGAUGUAUGAAGACGCAGAAGGACAGGGAACUGCAGGGGGUGAUUUUAAGUUGCCUGCAAGUCCGGUAUUUGAAAACAGUAGCCUAACCUGUAGAUCUCAAUCAGAAAAUAACAGCUCACUGACCUCCCUAGUCUCACAAGCUGCGGGAAAUUCUGAAAUGAGCCACAAAGAGUCUCAGGAAGGCCCUCUUGUUUGUCUGCCUGGUACUAGUAAUUCUGUAGGAACUGGAGAUAGUAGAAGGCAUGUAGAUGGUGUGCUACCAUUUUCUUCUAGUACCUGGGGAGCUGAAAAAGAGAAAGGAGGGGCAGAAAGUUUGAAGGGUGUUGUUCCACAUCAUAGCAGAGAAAGCACAAGAGAUGAAGUCCUGGUGAAGACUAGCAGGGCUACUGAUGUGAAACCUAACCCUGUUUAUUUUCAUGACACAAAUGCUGAGAAAGGUGUUUUUGGCCGGACCGGCCCCUCGAAGCAGGGGACAGAGUCUCUGCAUCAAAAUGAGCCUUUGGCAUCAGAUACAGAAGCAGCUUUGCAGCUGGACGGAUGUUUAUACCCUGAGAUUCCCAAAGCUUCUGUUAGAAAAAGCAUGGAUAUAACAUCUUUGAAGCCUGUUAAUGACAGUGGGAUUAAGUCCACUGAUACUGCCUGGUCACCAACCACUGAAAGGCGAACAUGUGACUGUUACGAGUUUGUUGAAAAGAGUAAAGACCAAAUGGAUCUGCCACAGAGUGUGGUCUAUCAAAACGAAGAGGGCAAAUGGGUAACUGAUCUUGCUUAUUAUACAUCAUUUAAUAAAGAGCAAGGUUUAAAUACGUUUCUAACUGAUGAGAUGAAUGGAGACUUCAGAUCUGGUUCUGAAGCAUUGGCCUUGAUUGUACAAGAUGAAGAAGAAUUUAAUAAAGAACAUCAAUUUAUGCAGGAAGAAAAUAUAGAUGCCCAGAACACUUCACUUGCACUAGGGGAUAUGUCUUGGGGAACUUCAGCUAAUUUCAGUCUGUUGAGGAAAUCACUUAGCCCAUCAGAUUUGGUCAAAGAUGAUGCCAGUUAUUUACGUCUGUCUCUAGGAGAGUUCUUUGCUCAGAGAUCUGAGGCUCUUGGUUGCCUUGGUGGUGGUAACAAUGUGAAAAGACCAUCAUUUGGUUAUUUCAUUAGAUCACCAGAGAAGAGAGAACCUGUUGCUUUAAUAAGAAAAUCUGAUGCAUCAAGAAGCAAUUUGGAAAAAGAAAUGGCUCAUCUUAGCCAUCAUUUAGUAGCAGGACAUUUAAAUAAGCAAUCCAAGGCACAACUAAAUGAAGGAUCAGUUACGCUUAAGGUUGGAGAAUUGGAGAGCACUUCACAAGAGGAUGAAAGUGAUGUGACAUUAACCGCUGAUGCAGGCAGCACAGAGGACAUUUUCUUAAUGAACAGCCAGCCUAGAAGGCACAGAGACGAGCUCUCUGAUAGUGGCGACUCUGUGCUGAGGACGAGCGCUAUUGCUUCAGCAAUUGCAAAUGCAUCUGUCAGUAUGGACCCUGCCCAGCUUGCUGCCAUGAUAAAGGCACUUUCAAGUAAAACCAGAGAGAAGACUUUUCUGGAAGAUAAUAAACAAAAAAACUUUUCCAUUGUGUCUCAUUUCUUACCUAAUGAUUUAGAAAAAAGUAAUGGCUCCACUGCUUUUGAUAUGGAGAAAUACCUGAAAAAAACAGAAGUUAGUCGAUACGAAGUUGGACUGAAAAACUUUUCAAGAGCUGAUGUGUCUGAUAUUUGGGAUUUGUCUUUGCCAAAAGAACAGACUGCACAGGCUGUGGACUUGAGUGCAACUGAUCUAAGUGGAGUGGAACCAGAAGAAAACACAGCAGCUGUUUAUAGCAAAAACAGAGAAAGGGAGAACCAGGAAUCAUUUACACCUAUAAACUCUUCAAACCCACUCCUUACAAAUACAGGAGAGAAUGAGAGCACUGAAGUCGAUGUACAGGCGUAUUCCAGUGGUACCAGAUUACCAGACAUUGGAAACAGUGAAAAAGCUACCUCCAUUUCCACUUGCACAUCUGAUAGUUACUCAGUAGUAGGGAACUCCACAAUAACACCCUUGUGGCUGUUAAAGGGUUGUGAAGAAAUACAAAAUAAUACAGAAAAUCAGAGACAAAAUGAGCAUGUUAGUGAAUCAAGCAACAACGAAAAGCAUGUGACUUUCGAAAAACACUCCACAGUCUCACCUGAAAAUGUUGAUUUGAAAGAUACCUCUCUCGGGCAUAGUGGACUUGGUUCAGAGGAUGACCAGAAUAGCUUCAGACCUUCAGCUUCACCACUGAGUCAUUCUUCUCCUAGUGAAGUUUCUGGAACAGCUUCAUCAGGGUGUGCUUUAGAGUGUUUGUGUUCGACCGCCCAUCCUCAGAAGCCCCCUAGUGAGAGUGCAUCUUCUCAGUUGUCAUGCUUAGGUGCUGGUGUGAGCAGGCUGACGUACCUAUCUGAGCAUGAGAGCAGCUGUCCUGUCUCAACCACAGAUUAUGGCCACGAGGACUGUCAGAGCGAUAUCACUGGUGAAUUGAGCACCACAAUUAUUCGUGCCAGUCCAGCUCCAUUGGAAGAACACACUGUGGAAAAUUUGAAUGAAAAAGUUCCGUUUCAAGAUCAAGAUACAAGAACAUUGUCACAUGUUAUUCAGAACAACUUGGGUAAGAAAAAAGUGACUGAAGCUGCUUUCUUGAGUAGCAAAACCGAAGAUGUAAAACCUAACUUUAGAGUGUGUAAAGACCCUCCUUCGAAAAGUGGAGAUCCCUUUGAUAUUGGUCUGGUAGCUUUGACAUCAAACCCUCACGAACUGGACCAGAUCAGUAUGUCUCUACCCAGCAGGGCACGUAUCAACCAUCAGGCUUUGUCAACUAUUGCCGACCUCCAUGUGUCUUGUUUGGAAUCUGUUAACAAGGGUCAAAGAAUGACUUCUAAGGACGUGCUAAAUGCCGGCAGCAAACCAAGUGGCCUGGUUCCUAACCAGACAGCUCUUGAUAACCAGCGUGCCCCUGUCCCCAGCUUGGAGGGCCACAGCUCUGCUCCUGAGAUGCAGCACCUGCCUGCUGCCAUUCCCACGCUCUUGACUGGACAUUGUCUGACCACAACGCCUUUUGCCCAGCAGUAUCUGGGGGCACUGCCUUCAUCUGGAAACGGAGCUUUGCCUCCUUGCCAUGUUGGUGGUACCACAGUCUGUGGUUUCUCAGGAGGCAGCCUUCAUCCUGCUGUCUUGGGAGAGCAUGUUCAGAACUCGGUGGCUGUGGGAAUUUGUCUAGGACAAAAUUUGAGCUCUGGAUUGAUGGGUUCCACGUCUUUUUGUAACCCAUAUCCUAAUGCCUUAAAUCAGAAUCUUCUAAGUACAACAAAACCUUUUCCUGUGCAAUCUGUUGGUACAAGCUUUGGAACUGGACCAUGGGAUUCAGGAAUGAUGUCAGAAUUAGCAAAUAUAAGAGUACCUGAGGAGUUGAAGUUUCCUCAUGCUUGCUGUGUUGGUAUUGUUUCCCAAACCCACCUCAGUGUGUUGAAUCCAGCUGACCGCUGGUUACAGGUCAGCAUUGGGGUGCUCAGUGUCAGUGUUAAUGGUGAGAAGGUGGAACUUUCAACGUAUCCUUGUUUAGUUUUCAAGAAUAAAGUCAUCAUAAGACCUCAUGCCACAGAAGAAAUAAAAGUACUUUUCAUACCAUCCAAUCCUGGAAUUUUCAGGUGUAUAUUCAGUGUUGCUUCUUGGCCGUUUUCAGCAGAUGCUGAGACAAUAGUACAAGCUGAAGCCCUGGCUAGCAGAGUCAUGCUCACUGCUGUUGCCGAGACCCCUGUCAUCGAGGUAGAAACAGAAAAGAAAGAUGUUCUUGACUUUGGUGACUUGACUUACGGAGGCUGGAAAGCUCUUCCGUUAAAAUUGAUAAACAGGACUCAUGCCGCUGUGCCGGUCAGACUUGUUAUUAAUGCAAAUGCCAUCACCUGGCGCUGCUUCACAUUUUCUAAAGAACCAGUUAGUGCUUCUCUGAAGGCUGCUCCCUAUGCCGAUGUGAUCGCUCAGUUAGCAGCUCCAUCUGUGAUAAACCACGUGAUGGCCGCCAGUUACGACGGUCAGGAUCCAGAAUUUCUGAUAAUUUGGGUUCUUUUCCAUAAUCCGAAGAAGCAGAUGUGUUCUUCAGAGAUUCUGAACUCAGCAGAAGAAUUCCUGGCAAGAGUUGAUAUAGAACUUGAUAGCCCAAACCCUACUCCAGUUAUUAAAAGCAUAAGUCUUCGAGCAAGAACAGGAACAGCUAGGAUACAUGCUCCCAAAGACUUACAGACUAUGCAUUUGUUUGCUAGUGUGGCUUCCUCAACAAAGCAGCACUUACCUUUGAAGAAUGCUGGGAACAUUGAAGUUUAUUUAGAUAUCAAGAUCCCAGAUCAAGGAAGUCACUUCUCAGUGGACCCAGAAAAUCUAUUCCUUAAACCUGGAGAAGAACGUGAAGUUACGGUUUCAUUUACCCCAAAGGAUUUCAAAGCUUGUGAGAAAAGGAUCAUGAAAAUAUUUGUGCAGCCAUUUGGACCUCAGUAUGAGGUAGUGUUAAAAGGUGAAGUAGUUUCUUCAGGAAAUAAACCUCUGACACUUGGAUCUUGCUGCUCAGAUACUCCAUCAGUUUUAUCCAACAAGCAGUUUCUCGCCUGGGGAGGUGUCCCUCUUGGUAGAACACAGCUUCAGAAACUAGCUCUAAGAAAUAAUUCUACAUCUACAACCCAACAUUUACGACUGCUUAUUAGAGGACAAGAUCAGGACUGCUUUCAGCUUCAGAACAUUUUUGGUUCAGAAGAGCGGUUGACCAGUAAUUGUGAGAUCAGAAUUCGUCCAAAAGAAGACAUUAACAUCUAUGUGUUAUUUGCGCCCACUCGAUUAUCUUGUAUGUUUGCUAAACUAGAAAUUAAACAACUUGGAAUUCGAUCACAACUAGGCAUUAAGUUCACAAUACCUUUGUCUGGAUAUGGAGGAACAAGUAAUCUUAUUUUGGAAGAUGUUAAGAAAUUGUCUGAGAGUUACAUGGUCACAGUGAAUGACUUAAUUCCUGGUAAAGAAAGUCAAAUUGUGUUUUCUGUUCGGAACACUGGCUCUCGAGCAGCUUUUGUUAAAGCAGUGUGUUUUAAGGAUUCCCAGAAAAAAGUUUUGCUGGAUCCUAAAGUGAUGAGGAUUUUUCCAGAUAAAUUUGUGCUCAAGGAAAGAACACAAAAAUGUGUUACUAUAAUAUAUAACCCAUCAGACAGAGAGGAUAAUUAUAGAACUGCAACAGAACUAUCAACUAUAUACUUCUUUGGUGGCGAUGAAAUUUCAAGGCAACAGUAUCGAAGAGCUCUAUUGCAUAAACCAGGGAUUCUACAACAGAUGCUGCCAGAACAGAGUCUGUUGCAGAACCUUAAUUUUGCUGAAGCAUUUCAAGAUGAGCUGCUAGUCACUGAAGAAUACGAUCUUCCCCAACAACCUAAUGAUAUUCAACUCUUUUAUGGAAACAUGCGUAAAAUUAUACUUUCAGUGAUUGGAGAAUUCAGAGAUUCCGUUUCUAGCAGAGAGUUUCGUCAGCCUUCUUCCCAAGCUAACUUGGAAUCUAAAAGUGAAUCUGGAACUUCUGGAAAACAUAGUGGCAAUGUUUCUUUGGACGUUUUACCGGUUAAAGGUCCUCAAGGUUCUCCACUUCUUUCCCAAGCUGUUCACCCCCCUCAAGAUAAAUUAGCCUCUGAAGAAGUAUGGGCUGUUCAGCCUGAACACUUGAUUUUGAUAGCUCCUUCUCCGUGUGACAUGGCAAAAACUAGACGUUUCCAGAUUUUAAAUAAUUCUGUUAGGUUACUGAAAUUUGAACUGUAUUGGCCAGCGCAUUGCCUUACAGUGACACCCCAACAUGGAGUUAUUGAACCAGAGAGUAAACUACAAGUUCUUGUGAGUCCUAAUUCGUCCUUAUCCACAAAGCAUUCAGUCCCAUGGAGUGGUUUGAUCUAUGUACACUGUGACAAUGGACAGAAGAAAAUCGUGAAAGUUCAAAUUCAAGAAGACUUGACCCAAGAAGAGCAUCCUUUCACUCGUUGGGCCUCUGGUGCCUUUGGAAUCCUUUCUCCAGGGUCUGAGCUUUCUGGCAGUCACUUGGUGAAACCAGUGACUCAGCCACCUUCCACAAAAGUGGAAAUAAGAAACAAGACUGUUACUCUUCCUCCAACAGAACCUGGUGAAACUUCAGAAAGUUGUCUGGAACUUGAGAAUCAUGGUAAUACAGAAGUAAAGUGGCAUCUGUCAUCUUUAGCUCCACCGUAUGUCAAGGGAGUUGAUGAAAGCGGGGAUGUUUUUAGAGCUACCUAUGCAGCCUUCAGAUGUGCUCCUGUUUCUGGAAUGUUGGAAAGCCAUGGAAUUCAAAAGAUCUCCAUCACAUUUUUGCCCAGAGAUAGAGGGAAUUAUGCCCAGUUUUGGGAUGUUGAGUGUCACCCCCUGAAACAGCCCCACAUAAGGCACACGUUGAGGUUCCAGCUCUCUGGACAGAGUAUCAAAGCAGAAAGUGAGCCUGAAAGUGCCCAUAUUCCCACCACGGACACCCUCACUAAGGUAGAUCACUCCGUUAUGCUCCAAAGACAAGCUGUGUCUGAGGCUUCCGCACAUAUGCCUAGACAGGUUGAAAUAACCCGCCGUGGAGUUUAUGCUCCAGUGGACGUGUAUAUGUUUCUGCCAACUAGAGUUGGGGACUCAAGGACAUUAAAAGUCAAUUUGCGGAAUAAUUCAUUUAUUACACACUUGCUGAAGUUUUUAAGUCCCAGAGAGCCUUUCUACAUAAAACAUUCAAAAUAUUCUUUGAGAGCCCAGCACUACAUCAACAUGCCAGUGCAGUUCAGACCGCGGUCGCUGGGCACAUUCGAAGCUUUGCUGGUUAUUCAGACAGAUGAAGGCAAGAGUGUCGCUGUUCGACUAAUUGGUGAAGCUCUUGAAAAAAAUUAACUAGAAUACAUUUGUAUAAAGUAAAUCACAUAAAUUGUAUUUGGUAACUUCCUUUUUCUACACUACAAUUAUGCUUUUGUGUAUAUUUUGUAUGAUAAAUUGGACAUUUAACUGUAGAUUUUUUGUUUUGAAAAGCUAAUACUGAAGACUUGACUGAAAUAUCAUGCAUCUAGCCGACAGUAUUGUACUUACUUUUACAGGGGAUAAAAGAAUUCUAUUUUUGCAUUGAUACCGGUAUUCUGAAUAAAUAUGGUGUUUAUUUUAAUGUGGUAUAUCCAGAAGUAAACUUAAUUUUCCAUUGAACAUGUUUCAUCUGUGUGAUGCCUUAUAGUAAAAUUAGAAUAUCACUUUAUUCUACUAAUUAUAUCCAAGCUUCUGGGUUUGUUCUGUGAUUUUUCUCCUCCAUUACACAGUUUCUUCUAAGAAAUUCCUUCUCUACUUUUUCUGUCUUUUAGCUAAUUGCCCAGAGUAGAAAGGACAGUCUACUUUAAAAAAAAUAGUUUUUCUCCAGAGUGGUAUUGAUUGUAAUUAAAGCUAGACAGGCCCACCACUCCAGAAGCCCGUUUGGAAGGUGCUCUCUGCAGGCAGGUGCCGACAGGCUCGGUGAGAGAGAGCAGGUCUGCCUGGUGGAGCCAGGGAGGGAGGGGUCCUGGAAUGUGCAGUCUGGAACUGUGGCAAGACGUGAGGCCGGCAGUGUGUCACGGCUGCCCUGGGUGAGUCCCAGCUCCCAACCUUCUUUGAAGCAGCAGGAUCCUGGAUCAUGAGCAUGUGCAGAAGCUUGGGCUGAUCACAAGUAUUAGUGAUGGAAUAGAAAGCUUGCAGAACUUAUAAAAAGCUACCUAGAUGGUUUAAGCCCAAUCACAGUUGAGAACCAAUGAUUGUGACCUUGAGACAGAAAAGCAAAUCCCUUCUUUCCUCUUCCAACUCAUUUUUCUCUUAAUUAAGAAUUCUUGCUUAGAAAUCAAACUUGUGAAAACAUUUUCCACAAGUUAAACAGUUGGUACGUUUACUGAUAUUUCUGUGCUCCAAUUCUAGAUUUUGUAUGUGAAAUGCAAGGUGACUUCACUUUUGAUGUGUAUUUAUUUGAUAAUGUUCAGCCUCAAAAUUUUUAAAAAACAGGUAGUGCUUUUUAAAAUAUUUCCAUGGUCUUUCAGUUCAUAAAACCAGUUGCCAUCAAGUCAACUCUGAGUCCUGGUGACCGUAUGUGUCUCAAAUUAGAACUGAGCUCUAGAGGAUUUUCAGAAGUGGGUCACCAGGUCUUUUGAGGUGCCUCUGGGUGGACUUGAACCGCCAACCUUUCAGUUAGUAGCUGAGCAUGUUAACCGUUUGUACCACCCAGGAAGGGUUGUGAUAUUUCCAUUUCUAUGUGACCAUCACUUUUGCUUUUUAGGUUAUUCCUAGGAGAUCAGAAAAGGAGGGUUGAACAAACAAAAAACUUUAAAAGUGACUUUGCUUCCGUAUAUACUUUCUUAUGGAUGUGUCGUUAUUCCUGUUUCUCCAUGUUUUGAAAACUUGAUACUUGGAAUUUUAAGAACAGUUGGAUGUGAACAAGUGAUUCAUUAUUACAAGUAGUGAUCGCUACUAAAGCAACAGCCACGAACCACUGGCCGUCCUCGCUGAUACGUUCUGAUGAGGCAAAGCGUCUAACAGGCGAACUUACAGUGUUAGCGUCUAUUUAAUUAGCUUCCAUCUCGAAGCUGUUUCCUUUUCCUUUCCACCCCUUCCCGAAUUGGCAUCUUCAGGCUUAAUCUCUCCUCUGAGCUCCAGACUCAGAUGUCCAGCUGGACAUUUCCACUCAGUUAUCUAAUAGACACUUCAAACUUUGAUUUCCUACCUGCUGCAAACAUGUUCUUCCCUCACAGCUCAGUAGCUGCUCCUCUGUCAUUCCAGUUACCGAGCCAAAACUCUAGAUUUGGGUGUCUUUACUGUCAUCCUGGAGCCCUGCUGGCAUAGUGGUUAAGAGCUACAGCUGCUAACCAAAAGGUCGGCAGUUCGAAUCUACCAACCACUCCUUGUAAACCCUAUGGGCCAGUUCUACUCUGUUCUGUAGGGUCGUUCUGAGUAGGAAUUGACUCAAUAGCAAUGGGUUUGUUAUUGUGUUUUUUUACCCUCACUCCCACAUGGACUGAAGAGUGUAGGUUCAAACCACCAACCUUUCAAUUAAUAGUUCAGUGUUUAACCGUUUACACCACGCAGGGCCUGCUAUCCAAGAUAACUCUCUAACUAUCCCUGUCACAUCACCGCCCGCGCCCCCCGCGCCCCGUUCCUUACCUGGUAUUUUCUUGCUUGUUUGCUAGUUUAUUGUCUCCCUCCUCCAAAACUUAAGUCCUGUGUGAUUAGAAACAUCGUCCACCUUCUCACCACUGUCUUUCUAAUACCUGGACAGUGCCCAGAUGUAUCAUUGUGACUGACCACCCUGCAGUGCUCUGAGCCCCACUCAUUAUGUACUUGCUUCUGUUCUAGAAGGUUCUGUGUUCACUGCUGGACCCAGGAGAAGACUUAAAUAUCCCAGCCAGUUAAUUCUCACUAAAUCUCAGUAAGGCCUGGACACUUCUCCCCAAAUGUUUCUUACCAGUCUCCUGUAUAUAUUUUCUAAUAGUAAUAGCUAAACAAAGGAGCUCUGGAGGCACAAUGGUUAAGCACUCAACUGCUAGCUGAAAUGUCAGUGGUUUGAUCCCACCAGACCUGGCGAUCUCAUCUACUCCUGUGAAAACUCUGUAGGGCAGUUCUGCUCCGUCACAUUGAGUUGCUGUUGCGUCGAAAUGGUCUUGAUGGGGCACAACAACAACAAUAGCGAAACAUUUAUUGACUGCUUCCUAUGUGCCGAGCAAUGUCCUAAAUGCUCAAUGUUUCUCAAGUACUUUAUAGCGAGCAAUCCUUUUUUGUGGGCGACGCCUGAGGGAAGAAGAGGGAUAGAGGCCCUCCUGCUGCAGUCUCUGGCUACCCCAAUGGUCCCUGUGGACAGACAGAUUUACCAUGGCUCUGGUAUGGGUGGGGCCGAGUGUCAGGAAGGCACAGGAUGGCCUAGUCUGGCCUGUGAGGUUGACCCUUGUACUAUUAUCCUGUAGACAAAGAAACUAAGGCUCAGGAGAUUAGUAACUGGCUAAAAGCUACACAGCUACAAAGUGUUGGAGCUGAGAUUCAAACCUUGAUUUUUCUGACUUUGGUGCUCAGGUGCAGAUAAUUCUUGAAAUAAUUACAGAAAAUUUAAAUAUAAGGCUUCUUUUAAAGGUUUGAUUCCCUUUGGUUGUAAAACUGUAAAUUAACGUGUCCUGCCUCAUCAUUCACUUAGCUUGUUAAGGUACACGGAAGUUUGAAUGCUUUAAGUCAUGCUUAUCAGCCAGAUAAAACAUUUUUCGGGCAAGACUAAAGUUUCAUAGAAUUCAGUGAUGAUUAAUAUAUAUCGCUACUGAUUUAAUUAGACCAGAAAGAUUGGAUAAGAGGGCAUCUGUUUUUAAUCUUCAGUUAAACUCGGAGGUUGGAAUGUGAUUUAUAAAUGGAACACAGAUCUCUGGGCAGAAUUACAUUGGGUCGUUUCUCACAAACACGGAAUUGUUUUCUUUCCUCUGUUUCUUGAGUAAUCUUUCUCUUUCCAUUUAGGAUUGAUUUUCUGAAUUCUUAUAUUUAACCUGAUUCUUGUAUUUUACAGAGGUUUUGUGAACUCCUUGUUCUAAAGUGAAAAACUGUUUUCCCAACCUUUUCCUAAAUGAGGCUGUGAUUUAUGUCUUCCACUUAGUGAAAACCGAUUUAUCAGUCCUUUUACAAAUAUUUAAAUUUCUUGCCCCCUGCACACUUUAGAUGCACAGAUUAGUUGGGAUGUGUCUUAGUUAGCUUGUGCGCUGAAACAGAAAUACCACAAGUGGCUGACUUCAACCGAGAGCAAUCUGUUCUCCCACAGUGUAGGAUGUUAGAAGUCUAGAUUUCAGGGGGCCAGCUCCAGGGGAAGGCUUCCUGUCUUCGUUGGCUCUGGAGGAAGAAGGUCUUCGUCAUCAGUCUUCUCUGGUCAGGUCACUUCUCAGUGCAGCAACCCCAGCUCCAAAGGACGCUCUUCUUCUGGCUGUUGUGUUUUGGUGGUAUGAGGUCCCCUUGUCUCUCUUCUCACUUCUGUAUUUUAUAUCUCAAAAGAGAUUGGCUUAAAACACAAUCUAGUCUUGUAGAUUGAGUCCUGCCUCAUUAACAUAACUGCCACUAAUCCCAUCUCAUUAACAUCAUAGAGACAGGAUUUACAGCGUAGGAAAAUCACAUCAGAUGACAAAGUGGUAGAGGAUCACACCAUACUGGGAAUCAUGGACUAGCCAAGUUGACACACAUUUUGGGGGGACACAAUUCAAUCCAUAAUAUUCCAGCUGUUGGCCACCCAAAAUUCAUCUUUGCCAUAUGUAAAGCACAUUCACGCCAUCAUAUAAGCAAAAGUCUUAAAUCAACUCCAAGUCCAAAAUCCAAAAAUUCCUCUGCAUCUGUGGAAUGUAGAAAUUAUCUGCUUCCAAAGUACGAUGGGGAACUGCUACAAGCUAGACAUUUCCAUUACAAGUGGGAGAAACUGGAGGGAAAGAAGGGAUAACAGGCACCAAGUAAGUCAGCAGAACACAUUACAUUAGCCCUCAAGGCUUGAAAAUAAUCCUCUGUUCUCUGAGAUCAUUUAGACAAUGGCCCUACCCUCCAGACUCUAGGUAUUGGCCACACUCUCUAAUUUAGCAUGUAGGCCUCUUGGCCCUCGGCCUCAGCUCCACCUUCCAGGCCCACUGGGACAGCAACUCUGUUCGUUCAGCUUUGGGCGGCCCCGUUCUCAUUCUCCUAGUCUGUCUGACUGAGUGGCGACUCCAUCCUUAGAAAUUUCAGAGGCCAUGGAUCCACCCUUUGAGACCCCAGAGGUCAUGAUCAGACACCUUGGUACUGAAGUAGCUCUGCUUCCUGUGUUCCUUGCCUCUUCAGCUUCACUUCCAGGUUCCUUGGCCCCUUGGUCCCUCGGGGCCUUAUCACCCACAUCUGCCUUGCUAGGACAAGUGUUCCAAAGCUCUGUAGCUCCACCAAUAAGUGCCUGGAGGCACCCCACUCUGCCAGUAAAUUUCGGUUAGAAGGCACUCUCCUGCUCUGUAGGUCAGCGAGCCUACCUCCACCGAUAAGUGUGCAGAGGCAUUGCACUCUGCCAGGAAGCUGCCUGCGCAAAGGCACUUAGCUAUCUCGCUCUGUGAGUCAGCUCCUGUGCCGUUUCUCCCUAGUCUCCUGGUUCUGCUGCUGCUGGUUCUGUACUGCUGCCUCUCCUCACCAGAAUUAUCUUUUUUUUUUUUUUUAUUGUGCUUUAAGUGAAAGCUUACAAAUCAAGUCAGUCUCAUACAAAAACUUAAAUACACCUUACUAUAAACUCCUAGUUGCUCUCCCCCUAAUGAAACAGCACACUCCUUCUCUCCACCAUGUAUUUUCGUGUCCAUUCACCCAGGCUCUGAUGGCCUCUACCUUCUCAUCUCCCCUCCAGACAGGAGCUGCCCACAGAAUCAUGUGUCUACUUGAUCCAAAAAGCUCACUCUUCAUCAGUAUCAUUUUCUAUCCUAUAGUCCACUCCAAUCCCGGUCGGAAGAGUUGGCUUUGGGCAUGGUUCCUGUCUUGGGCUAACAGAAGGUCUGGGGACCAUGACCUCCGGGGUCAUUCUAAUCUCAGACCGUUAAGUCUGGUCUUUUUACGAGAACUUGAGGUUUGCAUCUGACUGCUCUGCUGCUCCCUCAGGGGUUCUCUGUUGUGAUCUGCAUCAGGCCAGUCAUCGGUUGUAACUGGACAUCAUCUAGUUCUGGCCUCAGGCGGAUGUAGUCUCUGGUUUAUGUGGCUCUUUCUGUCUCUUGGCCUCAUAAUUAACUUGUGCCUUUGGUAUUCUUCAUUCUACUUUGGUCCAGGUGGGUUGAGACCAAUUGAUGCAUCUUAGAUGGCCAUGGGCUAGUGUUUAAGACCCCAGACUCCACUCUCCAAUGUAGGAUGCAGAAUGUUUUCGUAAUAGAUUUUAUUAUGCCAGUUGACCUAGAUGUCCCCUGAAACCGUGGUCAAACCCCUGCCCCUGCUACGCUGGCCUUCGAAGCAUUCAGUUUAUUCAGGAAACUUCUUUGCUUUUAGUUUAGUCCGUUUGUGCUAACCUCUCCUGUAUUGCGUGUUGUCUUUCCCUUCACCUAAAAUAGUUCUACUAAUUAAUGAAUACCCCUCUGCCUCCCUCCGUACCUCCCUCCCUCCCCACUCUUGUAACCAUCUUUCUUCUCUGUUUAAACCAUUUCUCAAGUCCUUAUAAUAGUGGUCUUAUACAAUAUUUGUCCUUUUGCAACUGACUAAUUUCACUGAGCAUAAUGCCUUCCAGAUUCCUCCAUGUUAUGAAAUGUUUCACAGAUUCAUCACUGUUCUCUAUUGAUGCGUAGUAUUCCAUUGUGUGAAUACACCAUAAUUUAUCCAUUCAUCUGUUGAUGGGCACCUUGGUUGCUUCCGUCUUUUUGCUUAUAGUAAACAGCACUGCAGUGAACAUGGGUGUGCAUAUAUCUGUUCGUGUAAAGGGUCUUAUUUCUCUAGGAUAUAUUCCAAGGAGUGGGAUUGCUAGGUCGUAUGGUAGUUCUAUUUCUAGCUUUUCAAGGAAGCGCCAAAUCGAUUUCCAAAGUGUUUGUACCAUUUUAGAUUCCCACCAGCAGUGUAUAAGUGUUCCAGUCUCUCCACAACCUCUCUAACAUUUAUUAUUUUGUGUUUUUUGGAUUAAUGCCAGCCUUUUGUUGUUGUUGUUGGAGAUGGAAUCUCAUUGUAGUUUUCAUUUGUAUUUCUCUAAUGGCUAAUGAUCUUGAGCAUAUCCUCGUGUAUCUGUUAGCUCCCUGAAUGUCUUCUUUGGUGAACUGUCUGUUCAUAUCUUUUGCCCAUUUUUUAAUUGCGUUAUCUGUCUUUUUGUUGUUGAGUUUUUGCAGUAUUGCGUAGAUUUUAGAGAUCUAAUGCUGAAUGGAAAUGUCAUUGCUAGAAACUUUUUCCCAGUCUGUAGGUAAUCUUUUUACUCUUUUGAUGAAGUCUUUGGAUGAGCAUAGGUGUUUGAUUUUUAGGAGCUCCAAGUUAUCUUCCCAUUGCCAUCGAGCCAAUUCCGACUCUUACUGCCCCAUAGAGUUUCCAAGGAGCACCUGGCAGAUUCAAACUGCUGACCUUUUGGUUAGCAGCCAUAGCACUUAACCACUAUGCCACCGUGGUUUUAUCUAGUUUCUCUCUGCAUUGUUAGCGAUGUUUUGUAUUCUCUUUAUGUUAUGUAUUAGGGCUCCUAGCAUUGUCCCUAUUUUCUCUUCCAUGAUUUUUAUCGUUUUAGUUUUAUAUUUAGGUCUUUGAUCCAUUUUGAGUUAGUUUUUAUGCAUGGUGUCAGGUAUGGGUGUUGUUUCAUUUUUUUGCAGUUAUGCCAGCCCCAUUUAUUCAAAAGACUAUCUUUUUCCCAUUUAAUGGACUUUGGGCAUUUGUCAAAUGUCAGCUGCUCAUAUGUGGAUAGAUUUCUGUCUAGAUUCUCAAUUCCGUUCCAUUGGUCUAUGUAUCUGUUGUACCAGUACCAGGCUGUUUUGACUACUGUAGCAGCGUAAUAGGUUCUAAAAUCAGGUAGAGUGAGACCUCCUACUUUGUUCUUCUUUCUCAGCAAUGCUUUAAUUAUCUGGGGCCUCUUUCCCUUCCAUAUGAAGUUGGUGAUUUGUUUCCCCAGCUCAUUAAAAAAUGUCCUUGGAAUUUGGAUUGGAAUUGCAUUGUAUCUAUAGAUCGCUUUUGGUGGACUAGAGAUUUUCACAAUGUUGAGUCUUCCUAUCCAGGAGCAAUGUAUGUUUUUCCACUUUUGUAGGUCUCUUUUGGUUUCUUGUAGUAGUAUCUUGUAGUUUUCUUUGUAUAGGUCUUUUAUGUCUCUGGUAAGAUUUAUUCCUAAGUAUUAUGUCUUCUUGGGGGCUACUGUAAAUGCUAUUGAUGUGGUGAUUUCCUCUUUGAUGUUCUUUUUGUUGGUGUAGAGGAAUCCAGCUGAUUUUUGUAUGUUUAUCUUGUAUCCUGAUUCUGUGCUGAACUCUUCUAUUAGUUUCAGUAGUUUUCUGGAGGAUUCCUUAGGGUUUUCUGUAUAUAAGAUCAUGUCAUCUGCAAACAGAAAUACUUUUACUUCUUCCUUACCAGUCUGGAUGCCCUUUAUUUCUUUAUCUAGCCUACUUGCUCUGGCUAGGACCUCCAGCACAAUGUUGAAUAAGAGUGGUAAUAAAGGGCAUCCUUGUCUGGUUCCCAAUCUCAAGGGGAAUGCUUUCACAUUCUGUCCAUUUAGGGUGAUGUUGGCUGUUGGCUUUGUAUAAAUGCCCUUUAUUAUGUUGAGGAAUUUUCCUUCUAUUCCUAUUUUACUAAGAGUUUUUAUCAUGAAUUGGUGUCGAACUCUGUCACAUGCCUUUUCUGCAUCAAUCGAUAAAAUCAUGUGGAUCUUGUCUUUUAUUUUAUUUACGUGAUGGAUUACAUGAAUUGUUUUUCUAAUGUUGAACCAUCCCUGCAUACCUGGUAUGAAUAACACUUGGUCAUGGUGAAUUAUUUUUUGAUGUGUUGUUGAAAUCUAUUGGCUAGAAUUUUGUUGAGGAUUUUUGCAUCUCGGUUCAUGAGGGCUAUAGGUCUGUAUAUUCUUUUUUGGUGGUGUCUUUACCUGGUUUUGGUAUGAGGAAUAUGCUGGCUUCAUAGAAUGAGUUUGGGAGUAUUCUGGUCUUUUCUAUGCUUGAAAUACCUUUAGUAGUAGUGGUGUUAACUCUUUUCUGAAAGUUUGGUAGAACUCUGCAAUGAAGCUGUCCAAACAGGGCUUUUUCUGUUGGGAGUUUUUAAAUUAACUUUUCAGUCUCUUCUUUUGUUUUGGGUUUAUUUAGUUGUUCUCCCUCUGUUUGUGUUAGUUUACGUACGUAGUGUGUUUCUAGAAAUUCCUCCAUUUCUUCUCGGUUUUCAAAUUUGUUAGAAUACAGUGUUUCAUAGUAAUCUUUUAAGUUCGGUCCGUUGUGAUAUCACCCAUCCCAUUUCUUAUUCGGGUUAUUUGCUUCCUCUCCAGUUUUUCUUUUGUGUUUGACCAAUGGUUUAUCAAUUUUGUUAAUUUCUUCCAAGAACCAGGUUUUGGUCUUGUUAACUCUCAAUUGUUUGUCUGUUUCAUUUAAUUCUGCACUAAUUUCUAUUAUUUGUUUUCUUCCAGUGCUUGAGGGUUUCUUUUGUUGCUCUCUUUCUAUUUGUUCAAGUUGUGGGGAUAAUUCUUUGAUUUUGGCCCUUUCUUCUUUUUGGAUGUGUGCAUUUAUUGGUAUAAAUUGACCUCUGAGCAUUGCUUUGACUGUGUCCCAAAGGUUCUGAUAGGAAGUGUUUUCAUUUUUAUUGGAUUCUAUGAAUUUCUUUUUUCUGUCCUCGAUGUCUUCUAUAACCCAGUCGUUUUUGAGCAGGGUAUUGUUCAGUUUCCAAGUGUUUGAUUUCUUUUCCUUGUUUUUCUGUUAUUGAUUUCUACUUCUUUGGCCUUAUGGUCAGAGAAGAUGCUUUGUAAUAUUUCAAUAUUUUUGGAUUUUGCUGAGGCUUGCUUUAUGACUUAAUAUGUGGUCCAUUCUAGAGAAUGUUCCAUGUGCAUUGGAAAAGAAAGUAUACCUGGCUGCUAUACAUGUCUAUGAGGUCACGUUAGUUUAUUGUGGCAUUUAGAUCUUCCGUGUCUUUAUUGAGCUUCUUUCUGGAUGUUCUGUGCUUCAGCGAAAGUGGUGUGUUGAAGUCUCCGACUAUACUUGUGUCUCACUUUUCAAUGCUGUUAAAGUUUAUCUUGCAGCCUUGUCAUUGGGUGUAUAAAUAUUUAAUAUGGUUUUAUCCUCCCGGUAUAUUGUCCCUUUUAUCAUUAUAUAAUGUCCUUCCUUAUCCUUUGUGGUAGAUUUAAUUUUAAAUGUAUUUCAUCAGAAAUUUAUAUUGCCACUGCUGCUCUUUUUGAUUGUUGCUUGCUUGUUUUAUUUUUUCCCAUCCUUUGAGUUUUUGUUUGUGUCUCUAAGGUGUGUCUUUUGUAGGCAGCAUAUAGACGGACCUUGUUUUUUAAUCCAUUCUGCCACUCUCUGUCUCUUUAUUGGUGUAUUUAGUCCAUUUACAUUCAGCUUAAUUAUGGAUAGAUAUGAGUUUAGUGCUGUCAUUUUGAUGUCUUUUUUUGUGUGUUGUUGACAGUUUCUUUUUCCCCACUUAAUUUUUUGUUUUCAAUAGUUUGUAUACUGUCUUUUUCCUCUCAUUCGUUUUUGUUGAUUUUGUUCCUGCUCUCUAUUUUUUUUCUUGUGUUUUAUUUUGAUGAGUGAUAUUGUUAGUCUCCUUUGCAGUUACCUUAGUAUUUACCCCUGUUUUUCUGAGUUUAAACCUAAUUUUAAUUUCUUUUUAUAUCGCCUUGUCUUCCUCUCCAUUUGAAAGGUCUAUGACUACAUUUCUCAGUCACUUUUUAUUUUUUUCAUGUUGUAUUCCUUUACAUAAUGA